CAUCAUCUCUUCUUCUAUACCAUUUCCCCAAUCCAAUCCAAUCCAGUCCAAUCGCAUCCGAAACAAUAAUGGCUUUAUCAUCUUGCAUACUCACCUCAUCCCCUCUCUUACAAACCCUAUCCCCAUUCCCCAACAACAAACUCACCCACUUCCACUUCCACUUCCGCUUCCACCAUCAAACCCUUAAACACGGGUUCCGAAUCAAGGCCCAGACCCUUGAUUUCUCGGGCACAUUCUUCGAAGGUGGUCUGGGAGGUGAAGAUGACUCACCCGGGUCGGUUGCUACUGCCGUUGAAGAGAAAGAGGAGCCCCAGUGCCCACCCGGGUUGCGGCCCUAUGAAACUAUGGCGGUUUUGAGACCCGAUAUGUCCGAAGAUGAACGCCUCUCUCUUACCCAGAGAUAUGAAGAGUUGCUUGUUGCUGGGGGUGGCAUGUAUGUUGAGGUAUUCAAUAGGGGUGUCAUCCCUCUUGCUUACAGUAUCAAGAAGAAGAACAAAGCUGGUGAGACCAACACUUAUUUGGAUGGAAUCUAUAUGUUGUUCACUUAUUUCACGAAACCCGAAUCUAUAGAGGCUUUGGAGAGAGCGUUGACGACGGAUGAUGACGUCAUCAGAUCAUCUACCUUCAUAAUAAGGAAGAGGAAGUAUUAACUGCUUUUAUCUUUUGAUGAGUUCUUGAAAGUUUUAGUCAUAUAAGCAUGCAUCAUGUUGUAGAAAUGUCACAUAAUUUUAUCAGCAUAUUUAUGGAUACAAUUAUGUUAUUUUGAAUUCAAGAAUCUUUAUUUUGAGGAGAUCCAUGGAAUGGGAGGUGAUUUGCAUA